GCUUAUGAAGAGCUCAAAGUUUGUAGAGUGAAAAACGUGACUACCAUGUAAAGUUUUUUGAGGGUUUAGACUAUAAAAAUAAUACAUAGGUGGAAGUCCAUUCUCUGACAACAUCACAUGCUGUUUUUAUCUGCUGCACAGAUAUAAACAGCUUAACAGUUCAACAGACCUCGAGUUCAUUUUCUCUUUAAAAAAAGAAGUCAAAUUUAGGUCCUCGUGAAGUUUUAAUAGUCUACAAAUGGUUAAUAAAACAAGAUUAGUGGACUUGCAUGCCCGCACACCCUUUCCAUAGAGUGAAGUUCCACAGAAUAUUAUUUACCUGAGGGCAGGACUUCCUUAGAAAUGACACGGCCUCGUGAUCAGGGAAGCUUUAAAAAGCGUUCAACCAGUCAAACAGGCACAAUACACCUCUUCUACACUCAGAGACGCAACGCUCAGCAGCAAACAAGCAAGCCUCUGGUUAAUGAAAAGUACCCUUCCACUCAUUGCUUAUUCUGCAUAUCUGAUACGAGCAUGGUCACCGCCGAGGAGCUCGAGUGCUGCGUGUGCUGCUACGAAUAUUCACGCAGCAACAGGAUACCGCGGGUCCUCCACUGCAACCACACCUUCUGCGCCCCUUGUCUGGAGAGAUUGUCCAAGCUGGAAGGUGCCAUCUACACCGUCUCCUGCCCUCUCUGUCGUUGGAUUACCUGCACCAGAGCCAGCCUGACUUUACCAGGGGCUCUGUGGGUCAACACAGAAAUCUGGGACCAGAUUUCCACAGAGCAAAAUCAGAAUGAGAACCAUUCAAUGGAGGAUUUGAAAGACCCAAAGUCGCUACUCAUCGAGCACUCACUACCCGUUUCACAGCAAUCUCGUUUGAAGUCCACACUCCUGAGGGUUUUCAGCUGCAUGCCUCUGCAGAGCAGACACUAAGUGAUUAACAGCAGGAUUUGUACCUCUUACAUGUUGUUUAAUCGUAGACUGAAAUGUGCAAGACCGUAAAGUUUGCAUGAUCUGAGCUCCACGUAAUGGACCUGCACACAGGGCUUCAGUGAGAGUUUGCGUCUUGUGAAGAGUGAAGGCCUGAAAGUCUUCCGUGCGACUUGACUUUGUGUGAACUUGACUUAUUUGGAAGGCACUGAAACUGCCUCCAUUUAAAGUUGUGACUGUGAACCUUUUUGUUGUUUUAUAUCAGCAACAGCAAAUGUACUAAUGAAAAAAUAAAUCAGAUCAGCACUGUUUAUCUGAACAACGAAGAUGAUUUAAAGCAUGAUUUAAUAAUAUGGUUUAUUUUAUAAUGAAACUUUCUUGUCACUUUGCCUGUUUUAUAUAUUUCUAAGAAACCGUGUCAUGUUUGUUAAUUUUUUUCUAUUAUAAGAAUCACAAAAAUGAAGGGUUUUAACUAAAUACAGUGAAAUGCAAACUGUCUACUAUGUAUGUAAAUAGCCGUCUGUGAUACAAACAUGUUAAUGAACAUCAUCUGUGAAUAAAGUGUUUGGAACUGAA